AUGCCCAUCUGUAUCGAGUGCCGGCACCCCGUCAAGACGCUGUGGCGGGAGGGCGCGGGCGACAAGUCGAGCGGCCACAACAUCCGGCUGACGGUGUGCAAGAACUGCGGGCGCUUCUGCGACAAAUACGUCGAGCAUGAUUUUGUCGUGCUGUUCAUCGACCUGGUGCUCAUCAAGCCGCAGCCUUCAAUCAUCCGCCUCGGCGUGCUUCUCCUGCUGUUCGACGUGUACCUGACGUGGGCGCGCAUCGAGAAGCAGUCCGGGCCAGGCGGCGACGGCGGCGGCAGUGACGCGGCGGACGGCAGCGACAGCGGCACCCUUGGCCGCCUGACGCAACAGCCGAUUGUGUUUCAGUAUCUGUUCUUUUUGCUCCUGUGCACGCUCUCAACAGUAGCCUUCCACGGCUCGAUCCGGUUCCUGACGUCGAGCGCGUGGUCGCCACUCGCAAUCCUGGGGGUGCUGCGGGCGCCGUACUCGCGGCCCAACUCGGUGUCGACGGCGCUGCUGGUGUCGUCGUCGACCAAGCUGUUCCCGAUCCUCAUGGUCAUCUGGGAGUACGACGUGCCGGCGGCGGCGCGGUCGCUGGGCUGGGCCGUCGUGGCCAACAACGUCGAGGCCCUCAAGAUCCUGCUCGACUGCGGCUACGGCGUCGCCGCCCUGCUGGCCACCGCCGGCGCCCUCAGCCGCUGGGCCAUGGGUCGCGCCGUGCUGUGGGCCGCCGGCCUCGAGGGCGUCGACUCGGCCGGCGAGACCAGCGUCGCCGAGGAGGGCCGCGCCCUAGGCGCCAUGCUCUUGUAUGCGAGAGACUGGGCUGGGAGGCUAGCUGUUGGGUGA